UCGGUCUCUGGCUCUCUUCCUGCGCAGUUCUUCGCAGCCUCCGCGGGGAAGUGCCGGGGCUGCUCCCUGGGCUCAGUGGGCAGGCCGGCGAGAAGGCAGCACCGGCGAGCGGCGGCGCCGUGUACGCGGUCCGGAGUGAGCAGGGAGCGGGGGUUCGGCGUUCUCUUGCUAGAGCAGGAGCAGCUCCUCCGCCAGCAGUUGCCGCCACCCCGACUUUCGUCCAGUUGAGGCUCCUCCCGGGCAACAUGUCAAAAGCCGCCACCGCUACAGCUGCCGCCGCCACCUGGGGAAGAGUAGCAGCAGCGGCGGCGGCGGCGGCGGCGGCAGCGGGCGCGCGGGGGCAAUAAACCGAACCCCGCGGGCGUCCUGCGGGCCAGGUAACCCUCUCCGCGCUCACAGCUCCGGCGGGCCCCGCGCCAUGUGCUGAGCCAUGUCCCUCGCCGCGCCCCCGGGCUGCGCAUGGGGCAGCGCCUGAGCGGCGGCCGAUCCUGCCUCGAUGUCCCCGGCCGGCUCCUGCCGCAGCCGCCGCCGUCCCCGCCACCGGUGAGGAGGAAGCUCGCGCUGCUCUUCGCCAUGCUCUGCAUCUGGCUCUACAUGUUUCUGUACUCGUGCGCCGGCUCCUGCGCGGCCGCGCCGGGGCUGCUGCUGCUGGGCUCCGGGUCCCGCGCAGCCCACGCCCCGCCAGCCCUGGCCCCAGGUCCCGAUGGGACUGCCCCCAGGCUGCCGUUCCAGGCGGCGCCGGCCACCCCGCCGGCCGCGGGCAAGGAGCCGGCCGAGGGCGCCGCGAGCCAGGAGGAGCAGAGUCCCGAGACGCCAGACUCCCCCAGCUCCAUCUCCAGCUUCUUUAGUGGAUCCGGGAACAAGCAGCUGCCGCAAGCUAUCAUCAUCGGCGUGAAGAAGGGCGGCACGCGGGCGCUGCUCGAGUUCCUGCGCGUGCACCCCGAUGUGCGCGCCGUGGGCGCCGAGCCCCACUUCUUCGACCGCAGCUACGACAAGGGCCUCGCAUGGUAUCGGGACCUGAUGCCGAGGACCCUGGAGGGCCAGAUCACCAUGGAGAAGACCCCCAGUUACUUCGUCACCCGCGAAGCGCCCGCGCGCAUCUCGGCCAUGUCCAAGGACACCAAGCUCAUCGUGGUGGUGCGGGACCCGGUGACCCGCGCCAUCUCGGACUACACGCAGACGCUGUCCAAGCGGCCCGACAUCCCCACCUUUGAGAGCCUGACGUUCAAGAACCGCACGACGGGCCUCAUCGACACGUCGUGGAGCGCCAUCCAGAUCGGCAUCUACGCCAAGCACCUGGAGCACUGGCUGCGCCACUUCCCCAUCGGCCAGAUGCUCUUUGUGAGCGGCGAGCGGCUCAUCAGCGACCCGGCCGGCGAGCUGGGCCGCGUGCAGGACUUCCUGGGCCUCAAGAGGAUCAUCACGGACAAGCACUUCUACUUCAACAAGACCAAGGGCUUCCCCUGCCUCAAGAAGGCCGAGGGCAGCAGCAAACCCCACUGCCUGGGCAAGACCAAGGGCAGGACCCACCCUGAGAUCGACCGCGAGGUGGUGCGCAGGCUGCGCGAGUUCUACCGGCCGUUCAACCUGAAGUUCUACCAGAUGACCGGCCAGGACUUCGGCUGGGAUUGAGCAGACCCUGGGGCUGUGUGACUUAGCCACGUGGUUUAUGUAUCGAGAGAGAUUAUAUGUAUGUAAAAUGUACAGAAAUCUAUUUUAUAAUAAUUUAUUUUUAAUUCAUAAGCAAUUAACUCACUAAGCUGCCUAGCCACACUCUUUAGAGAGUUAGCUGCAUAAUCUGUUAACAUUCCAAAGUAUUGAAUCUCUUCUUUUCCUCACGAUGGAUGGUGCUUCCAGUUUUUUUUUUUCUCCCCCUCUCCCCACCCAUUUUAUUUAAAAAGAAGAAAAGCACAACUUGAGAUUUUUGUUGUUACGGGUAUGCAGCCUUCGAUCGCUGUCUGAAUUCACUUGCCAUCUCUUUGUGUCUUGGGUCUUGUGGUCCGGCUUCUGUUCCUCCCUCCCUGCCCGUGCGUACCUCGUAGGAGCCCCCAGCUGCCCCAGCAGCGUGGCUCCCUCAAGGUCAUGACUCAUGUAGCAGCCUCUUGCCCAUGUGUUGACAUUUCCAAGGAUGUAGAGGCCAGACCACAGCACUAGGCUUUUCCCCCCAAGUCUGCUCAGUUUGAAAAGGGGGGAGGUUACUACCUUUGCAGGGACACAUGCCUCCUCUCUGGAGUCUGUGUCCCAGGGUCUUUUCACAUCAGCUUAUGAUUUUGAAAUAUGGCCCUGCAUCCUCUUCUGUCCCGGUCCCUGGUUCAGGAAGCAGCUUGAAGCAUAUGCAGAUGUUAUAGCUCCUCUUUCCCAGGUCACAUGUGUGAGAUGCUUGUGUGCUGCUUUAGAACUAAAGACGGUCUCUCAUUUGCACGAGUGCACCAUGCUCGGCUCUCCAGGCAGACAGUUCUGCUCUGACACACCAAAGAAUCCCCUAGGCUAGCAGAAUCAUCAGCACAAACCCAUGGGUGGCAGGUAUCAAGACCCUGGGGGGAUCAGGUGCAUCCUAUGCCCUCAGAGCCCCACCCCCAAGGUGCUGCUGGGUGCCGAGCCAGCCCAUGUGGGGCACAUCCAGUAGACGGACCACCUCAGUGGGGAGAAAAGACAAAGAGCACCAAAAGGAAGUGAAAAAGGCAGAAGAAGUGAAUCCCUGGCCCCCUUCUUGGUGUCUGCAACUCACCUCCUUGGAAUUCCUAGCUCAUCACAGAUUGACAACACAGUCUGUAGCCAACAGCCAGAUGGCGAGCACCAAGAGUGGCUCUUGCACAGACAGGCUGAGGAAAGAAUGUUGUUGCCUGGCGGCUCCCGAGCUUAACAGUUAUAAAGAUGUCUCUGAUUGAGCUAGGUCCCAGCAGGAAGGGUCACCAGGCAGCAUUUCUGCUGCUGAUGCAGAAGGCUCUCCCCAUCCCUCUCUGUUGAGAGAGCAGUUGGAGAUUAUUUGUGACGGCUAGCUUAUGGCCAUCAGGUUCACCAUAUAGCAAUAUCACAGAAUGAACACAUUUGCUUUACCCUGUUUCCUAAACCAGAAUGCUUCUACCAUAGAAGAAUUUUCGUUUGGAAUAUUUGCACCAAGGCUUAUGUGGGAAGGGACACACAGUGUCUGAAUGGUUGGGGUAUGAUGUUGACAAAGACCCUUUUGUAUGUUGGAUGGGCUAGAACUCGCCCUGUAGAGCAAGAGAACUUGUAUGAAAAGAGAAAUAACUCCUCUUUAGAGAUUGAUCACGGCGUCACUGGUCCUUGGGUGAUGUCUUGUUUGGUGAUUGGUUUGUGUUCACCCACAAGUUUGAGCCCAGAUCUAGGUUAGCUCAUACUGAGCUGCAGAACAGUCAGGAUCAUCGUGUUGGUUUUGGCCAGGAGGAUGGGCACGGGGGCUCCAGUACAUUACUCCUCAGAUGCUCUGUUCAUUUCAGAGCUUAGUGACUGCCUCUACCAAGUAGUACAGAAGCUGCAUUUAGGGGAAUGCCAUAAUCCUCGCAUGGUUCUCCCUUCUUGCUGCUUGGGCGUCGAGACAUCUGCAUAAGGGUGCUAAUGGGUUGUGCGUUUUUCCAGUCAGAAAGCCUGCUUAUUCGUAAUAAAGUGGAGAAUGCCUCUUUCCAUUUACAACAUAAUAUCACUUAAAGUAAAAGCCAGGAUCCACGACCUCCACAGAACCCUGCCCUGACCAUCUUCUGGCCACUUUCGUGCCCUGAUAACAGCUCAUGAUGUAGCAUUGCAGAAAAAGCGCAGGGAAGGGUAUGCGACAAGGCAGUAGGAAAACACGCAUGCAUUUUUCCUUCCCCUUGGGGUCCCUGUCAUCUUUCCAAGCUGGACAGUUUUGAUUAAGUUGUUUAUCUUCUGCCUUACAACUGAAACAGGAAAUCUCCAGAUACAAGGAGGGUCACUGAGUCAUGAACAUUGAAGUGAGUCAGGAUUCUAUUCUGGGUCAAAUCCUCGAAUCCAAAUAGAUGUUGAUAAUUAGCAAGGAUGGGCUAGAGCACGUUUUCCUAUAGAAGAUAAAUAAAUGAUCACUUCCACACAUCUCUUCACAGGGGUCUGAUAGCUUACAGUUCCCAACCCAACCAGACGCGGCAUCUGUCCCACAGUUACCCCAUGUUGUGUGACAGUUAUCAUAGAGCCUGGGCCCACAUGUCUUCCUCCUACAAUUAGUCUUGAGUUUCUUCCUGUUCUAGCAAUCUCCAAGACCACCCACUCAAGUUCUUAGCUGCUAGAAGACAGACAGCAGUUCCUGUUGUAGUCCUUUUCCCUGGGCGUACUUUGGAUUUUUUUCCAGUUUACAGGGAAAGCUCUGAUAAUUCAUUGGCAGUACUUUAUUCAUCUCCGUUUCAUUUGCUUGUUAAAAACAAAAAGGUUAACAACAGCAGCAAAAAGAAAUUGGAGGUUUUUAUGGUCCCUGUCUACCCCAUGCUUGCUUUGAGGUGUUUGUGCUAUAGUCUGGUUAAUGUGGGAGGUGGUACCUGGAAAGGUAUUUAGGUAUAGUGACUACAUAAUAAAUACUUGGAUGACGGAGAAAGAGACGUUGUCUUUUCAUGGGAUUCUCUUUGGAAGUCAUUUUGAGUGACAGAUAGUUUUAAGCUUUUGGAGAAACAGUUUCAGAUCCUGCCAGGCUAUUUACAUAAGAAAGGAAAAUGGAAGCUUCCAGUAGACUUGAAAUACUUAGCGUUUUAUCUCAAACGCUGACACGGACAUCCGUGUCAUUUUUCUUUUUCAGUUUUUCAAGAAGGAUGGUCAAUUAAACUGAAAGGUGUGGUUAGAUUUUUUUUUUUCACUUUUGUAACAUUAAUUUAUGACUGAGUUCAUUCAGCCCAGUAAUCUGAAAUACGGUGCAGAUUCUAGCCGUAUGUCUUCUAUAACCUGGUUGUUAGAAUAGCCAAUAUGUACAAAAAAAAAAAAAUUAAAACAAGUAUUUUGUCCUAUGUAUAACACAAAGUAAUUUUACACAGAGAAAGAUGUUUCUAGGGAAAAAAAAAAUUCUGUUAAUUCAUACUAUUUCUUUGUAUGAAAAAAUAAAAUCUAUUUUACCAA